AAAAGCUCGCUUCCAGAGCUGCCGAAGGGGCGGAAGCGAAGGAUCAGGAAAACGAAGAGGAUCGUCUGUCAUCUUCUGCAGACGGUGCUGAAGACACGAGAGGAGUCGGUAAUGGACAUCAUCAAAAUGAUUGCGCCAGCCCUGAAGAAGUUCGUGAUGGGGAAUAUCCCGAUCGAGACAUACAGCGCAGUGCCACUCCUGAUAAUACCGAUCUACUUGGCGCAACCAACAUUCCUCAGAGCUCAACCGCCAAGACUGAAACCAACGGUGCGAGUUCGCUCAGCAGUGCACCUACCACGUUUACCGAAGUGUCUCUGCGAGGCGCGAGGUCUCGGAAGCAAACGGCUGCUCGACGUACGGACCGAGAGCCGAGUGUGCCUGCCGACGACCUGCAGAACUCUGUUAAACGAGACACAGACGGUGACACGUCGUCUGUCUCUUCACAGUCGACGAGGACGUCCGUUGAAAGGGAAAGCGACGAUGCGGCUGCGGAGCCACUGUUCGAGAGAAGAGGGGUCGCUGAAUCACCACGAGUCCCCGUCGCUGCACCAAGUGAUGGUACUAGUGGAUGGUUUUGUUGCUGCCAUCGAAAGCCGAAGUUUACGAACCGUCGACCGGCACUGACACCGAAAAAGAGGUCUCGACUGCAUACAGUUCGAACACAGGCGACGGACGUUCUGCAAACAAGUGUAGACGGGUGCAGUGCGAUUUCAGUGAGCGCUGUCUCUAACGGCGUUUCGCCUAGUUCUCUUCCGGCAGACGAAGAACUGGGUGUCAAAGCUAUACAGGACAGUAUUUGCCACAGUAGUGACAGCCUAGAAGAUUACGGCCAACCGAUAACGACCUCAACGCCCCACAAGAACGCCGACCUCCGUGACAAAUCUCGUUUCCCAGAUAGCGGGCGUCGACCCAGGAGACCGCGACAGGAAAUUCCUUCCUCGGACCCGCGCUCUAGAAGUACGCGCUCGAAAAGCGAAAGGACUGAGGAAAGUAUAGCCUCGGUGUUCCCGUCGUGUCCAGCCGAGAACGUGGUUUUCUCCAGUUCCGUCCAAAGGAAGCGAAUGUUGCGGGAGAGCGACGGCGCGAACCGGCUGGCCGGGGAUAAUGACGGGGGAUUCAUGAGCGGCGAAGUGUUGCUGGACAGCCGCGUCGUCGCGGUGAGGGAGACCGCCAGGACUGGACCUGCGGGCGGUGGUCGCGGCGCGCGGUCGCUGUUGCUGUGCUGUGGCGGACGCGACGCCGGACGAAAGAAAGUGUUGUCCGGUGGUAGCGGCCGCCGGCAGUCCCCGCCCAGGCGGAAACUCCGCGUCGUGCUCCGGCACCGACGCAGGAAGAGCGGGCCGCGCCAUCACAGGGGGCAGCACUGCUCUGACGUCACCGAUAGGCCGUCCCUCAAGGUGCACAACUACCGGUACGGCCGGCUGAACGUGCUCCGGUGGCUGCUGUGGGAGGCGGAGAUGCCCGCGCUGGAGCGCAGCGCCAACGGCGCGCUGGCCCUGCACUACGCCGCCGCCAGGGGCUGCCUGGACUGCGUGCGCCUGCUCGUCGAGUCCUCCAACGAGCUCAGCGCCAACACGCAGAUGGACAACGACGUGACGCCGGUGUACCUGGCGGCGCAGGAGGGGCACCUGGACGUGCUGCGCUACCUGGUGACGCAGGCGGGCGGCUCACUCUACGUCAGGGCCAAGGACGGCAUGGCGCCCGUGCACGCCGCCGCUCAGAUGGGUUGCCUGCCCUGCCUCAAGUGGAUGGUGCAGGAGCAGGGCGUGGACGCCAACCUGCGCGACGGCGACGGCGCGACGCCGCUGCACUUCGCGGCGAGCCGCGGCCACGCCGACACCGUGCGCUGGCUGCUGCGCCACGGCGCCAAGCUCACGCUCGACCGCUACGGCAAGAGCCCCAUCAACGACGCCGCCGACAACCACCAGAUGGAGUGCCUGAACAUCCUGGUGCAGCACGGCGCCACGCCAGACUACCACGAGGAGACGACGUGCGCGUGCUCUGAGUGCGGGUCCCGCGAGCCGUUCUACCUGCACGCGCCGCCACCGCAGCAGGACGGGCUGUACGUGAGUCCCUCCAGCUCGGCCGGCAGCGACCCCUUCUACCUGCACGACCCGCGCGGCGUACCCCACACGCGCGUCAAGGACCUCUUCCAAGAGCAGCAGCAACAGCACAUACAGCCUCCACCCGUCGGAGUCACAGUGCGCGUGGAGGUGCACCAGAGCAGCAGCUCGGGCGCCGGCUCCGACGAGAACCUCAGCGACGUGAGCAGCGAGCCGCCCACCGCCCCCGUGUCCGCCGCGGGGCCCGUCAGCGCCGCCCACGCGCAUGCGCCGCCCUCCUUGGCCGGCGACCACGACCACGACUACGAGGACAUCAACCUGGUGCACGACCACGCCAACAACAAGGAUGCCGACUCGCUCGCGCAGACGUCGCGCGCGCCGUCCAUGGCGCCCUCUACAGAGUCGGGCGUGUCGAGCGCCUCGCCGUCGGAGCUGGGCCACUCGGAGAGCGACGACGCCGAAGCCUCCCGCGCCGCACAGGAGGCCGUGGCCGCCGCCAACGCCAGGAACACGCUGCCGCACCGGCCCAGCAGCGGCUCCUCCAGGGCCCUGAAGCGAGUGGUGUCGGAGCCUGCACAGCUGUCUCCGCCGCCUCCGCCCCCACCACCUCCAAUCGCCGCCCCCGACAUGGACGCCUCAAAAGCCGCCCCUGCCCAGACUGACGCCUCCCCGCAAGCAGACUCCAGCAAGUCACACAAGCAGGAGGCGGUUCCACCUCCGGAGGCAGCCGCCCCUGCGGAAGAGGCGCCGCCCAAGGCAGACACCGUCGUCUUGGAAGAGCCGUCGCUGAGGCCGUCCGAGGUCCGCAAGACCAACAGGUCGCCUUCCAUCGCGUCCACCUCAUCAGCGGCCAGCAGCGCCAGUGGAGGGGGCGCCACCCCUCCGGCCUCGACGACGCCCGCUCCGGCAGCCGCCGUCACUCCGGAUCCGCAGCCCGAGCCCGAAGGCCGCUCGGGACCCAACCUGGUCAACAAGCAGAUGGUCCUGCCCUUCAUCCCGCCCAGGUUUCCCAGCGGGGCCGGCGACUCGGACGCGCUCAUCAAGCCUUCGGAGUACCUGCGCAGCCUAGGCGGUAAGCCGACCCCGGUGGCGGGCCUAGCCGUCAAGACGGAGUCCUCCGCGCAGCAGUCGACGGUGGCGGCGCCCGCCGAGCGCGCAAAAUCGCCGCCGCCAGCGGCUGCGACCCCUCCCGCCCCCGCCGCCGCCCCUGCAGCGCCAGAAUCCCCGACGCUGCCGCCGCAGCCACUGGGCGCCAUCAGCAUACAGGAGCUCAACAGCGUGCAGCUGCGACGCACCGAGAAACAGCCCGCUACCAAGACCAUGUCGGCGCCCCCGGCCAAGAACAACAUCCUCUCGCCGGAACAACCGUUCCUGGCGCAGAAGGAGGACCUGAUUGCCGAACUGAAGGCGUCCAAGGACAUCCCCGGAAUCAAGAAGCUGAAGGUACAGCGCGCUAAAGUGGAGGAGCUACAGGAGAAAGAGCUGCUGAGCGAACUGUCUCGCACGCUGACCGCCAGCACGCUCAUGGAGAAGAUCCCGGACAAGGACGCAACGGGCAACCCGAUCCCCGAGUGGAAGCGGCAGAUGAUGGCGAAGAAGGCGGCGGAGCGCGCGCGCAAGGAGAUGGAGGAGCAGCUGGCGCGCCAGGCCGAGGAAAAGAGGCUGCAGGCCAUCCCAGCCUGGAAGCGGCAGCUGCUCGCCAAGAAGGACGACUCCAAAUCGACUCUGAGCCGCGGUCCAGAGGAGAAGCGACCCAGCAAGACGGACGAGCGGCUGCAGGCGGCGCCUGGCGCCCCCACACCCGUGGACAGCAGCAACAAGGAGAACAAGACGCCGCCCCCAGAGUCGCGGCCCGACCCGGGCACCGAGGAGGACGACGAACCGCCGGCGCCCAUCAUGCCGUGGCGCGCGCAGCUGCGGAAGACCAACAGCAAGCUCAGCCUCAUAGACUGAGCGACUUCCUUCCCCCCCAACUCCCCCCCCCCCCCCCCAUGUGCUACUCAGAUGUGACUGCUCUCCCGCUUUGGACGAUUGUUCGUGUAUUCACCCACGUCGUCAGAAGCAUAGUGUAAAGUAAAGGGACCGCGUGAUAAGAUAAUUAUACAAAAGAUUUCGAUAAGAGACAUCUUCGAACAUAAUAAAUAAACCGUUAGGAUCUUUGGUGAUAUUUAUGAACACUAUACAAAGGUAUGUUCUGUAUACCCUCUGAUGUUUAUUGUAUGGACUAUAUUGUAUUUAUUACUGUAUGCUGGUGUGAGUAUAGCUGAGUUUCUACUUCGUCUCAUGCUAGAUUUUAUUGAUAACGAGAACAUUUCAGGUUAUUUUCAAUUUCCCCGAUUUUGUUAAACAGGAAAGUGUUUCAUUUUAACCAUAGGUAUAAUAGACAGAUAAUCAGAAAUUUCUUACAAUGAAGCUAACACACCUUGUUGGAAUUUAUUUCAAUACUAACAUAAAUUUAUGCAUCAAAUUAAUUAUACACUCUAUGUAUUGUUCUAUCCAUUGUUACUAUAUUGUGCAUAGUUUCAGUAAAUAAAAGAAACAAAUUGCGUUAUUAUUGAAGAGAUCCAGCACAUUAAUUCUGCUGAAAUACUGACUAUACCAUUCCAAGAUUAUUUUUAUGUGCCUUACACUACCUUAUAAGAAUAGUUACUCCAUACUUUGUUAGUUAAUUCAUUAAUGUAUGAGUUCUUUAUUCAGUAUAAAUGUACAAAAUUAUUUGGUACAUUUACAGUUUUCACAUGCAUUUAUCAGAAUGGCAGUGGUAUAGGCUCUUACACAUAAGACUUUAUGGGAUUGUGUACUAUUUCAAAUGACUCGUAAAUAGAAUCUCUAACUUUUACCCAUAAUAAUAAUAAUAAUAAUAAUGACACUUGGAUGUGAGAGUAUUAGAUCUCACAUCAGCUCCAAAUGUGAGAAUCAUACCUCCACAAUUAUUUAUUACACACUACCACUGACAGAUUUUCUGAAGUCUAGUGUUCUGCAAUAAACUGUAAGAGGAUUCUGUGCAUGCUUCAGUAAGUCUGUUUCUUUCUAACACAUUUCUGAAGUAUAAUUUAAGCAGUUUUCUUAGAAACAUUCUCAUUUUGGUUUCUGUUAUAGUUGUUCAACAUAUGAACAUGACCAUAAAAUAUAUCAUUUACUUGCAAAUUAUAUGUGAUACUAUGUUAUGUUUGGGUGAUGGUGAAAAAGAAAUGAGGCAAAUGUAUGUGAGCAGUAUACAUGGGAACUAACUGAUAUAAAGUGUAAAUUUUCGUUAUUCAGCAUAGUAACUUGUAAAAUUUCUGUAUAUUUUUGUUGUAUCGUUAUAAAAUAA